UGGGUAAGCUGAUUUGGGGUUUCCUUCAAUGCAUCGACCGUGCGUGGCCGGAUCUAGAGAAUCCGAGCUUCCGGAAAGACGCAGGGUCAGGGGGAGGUCUAUGGGGGAAGUGUGUGGGUUUUGGGUCUGCGCCUGGACGGUGAUCGUUGUCCCGAAUGCCUUUCCCUCCUCCAUUCUAUCUUGCGGCUUUCUGAAUCUCUCCAACCAGAACUCUACUAUGAUGCAGCUAGAGUCUCUCUUGCACAGUGGCUAUUUCCACCCCGUGCUGCGGUCAUGGCAGACGUCAGCCACUGCUUUUGAUGCCACCAAUCUCAUCUACCCCAUCUUUGUGACAGACAGCCCUGAUGCCGUGGAGCCCAUUCCUAGUCUGCCUGGCCAGGCCCGGUAUGGAGUCAACAAGCUGGAGGAGAUGCUGCGCCCUCUGGUGGCUGAUGGGCUGAAGUGCAUUCUGAUAUUUGGUGUCCCCACUAAAGCAGCCAAGGAUGAACAAGGCUCUGCAGCUGAUGCGAAGGACACACCGGCAAUCCAGGCUGUGAAGAUGAUCCGGUCUGAAUUCCCAGAGUUGCUGAUAGCCUGUGAUGUCUGCCUCUGCCCAUACACUUCUCAUGGACAUUGUGGCAUCCUUCGGGAGGAUGGCACCCUCCAGAACGAGGCCAGCUGCCAGAGACUGGCAGAGGUGGCACUGGCUUACGCUAAGGCAGGAUGCCAUAUUGUUGCCCCCUCGGAUAUGAUGGACGGGCGCAUCCGUGCGAUAAAGGAGGCCCUGAUCUCCAAUGACAUGGGCAACAAGGUUUCCAUCAUGAGCUACAGUGCCAAGUUUGCUUCCUGCUUCUAUGGCCCUUUUAGAGAUGCAGCCUUGUCCAAACCCGCCUUCGGAGACAGACGGUGUUACCAGCUUCCUCCAGGGGCUCGAGGACUGGCUGUGCGAGCAGUGGACCGGGAUGUGCGAGAAGGAGCAGAUAUGCUAAUGGUAAAACCAGGGAUGCCCUACCUAGACCUUGUGCGGGAGGUCAAGGAUAAACAUCCCACCCACCCGUUGGCUGUUUACCAUGUCUCAGGGGAGUUUGCCAUGUUGUGGCAUGGAGCACAAGCUGGUGCCUUUAACUUGAAGACUGCAGUUCUGGAAGCCAUGACAGGGUUCAGACGAGCAGGGGCUGACAUCAUCAUUACAUACUAUGUGCCUCAGCUUCUGCGGUGGCUUAAAGAAGACCAGGCAUGAAGCAUGCGCCUCCCUCUCUCCUGUGAUGGGAGAGGAAGGAGGAGUUCGGCAGCAGUUGGCAACAAGGGGCAGGCACCCCCUGUCUUUUUGAGAGACUGAGCACGGCUUUGGGGUGGGAAUGGAUGCAGACCAUGCACCCUCCUACCUGCAGUGCUCCUUAGUCACCAAAGGAAUAAUCCCUCCUAAAGUGCUGUUGUAAUCAAAUCCUGAGGCCCUUGCAUCCUGAGCUGGUGCUGCACCCUUCUUUUUUACAAAAUAUGCAUGUUCAAAAAUGCUACAAGCAAGGAAGAGUUAAGUUCUUAGCCCUGUAAAACUCCUUGCUGCAUCAGUAGUAGAUGAAUUGGAAGUGUUUGUACAGCAGAAGAAGAUGCUUGUAAAAAGUGCCAUUGAGCUGUGAAGGUCAGACUGAGGCCUUCUGGGAGUAAGGCCAACCCUUUCUCUGCGAUCCCCUAAUUUAAAAUCUAACAAGGAUGACAAGUGCUCCUUUAUUCCACAAACUAGAAGUAGUUAUCUAGAAGAAGUCUGCCUCUAUAUCUAUCGAUAGAUACAGAUAUAUACAUAAACACAUGCCAAAAUAGCAAAAGAGUGGCUGUAGGAUUGACUAUAGACAAUCACUGGUAUCUUAAUGGUUGCCAGGCAUAUAGACUCAUCCUGUACGUGAGGGAUGUGGUUAUUUUGAGAAUAUGAGCCAUAUUUUAGAUGGCUUCAAAUGUUACCACUAUUUUUACCCUGGUAGGACUCCUGUGUUUUUAACUAGCAGUAUGAUAGAAAUCUUAACUAGGGUAGUUUCUCUUGUUGAAAUAGGCCUUUUUUAUACACAACAGCUGGCCAAGGAAUGAACUAUGACUUGAUCAGUUAAUCACUAGUUUGUUAAAGUAGACUGCAGAAUUGAGGUCAUUUGUAGUCCAGCUGAAACCACUGGGGCCAGGCAGAUGGGCAAGUGAUUUGUAGCUGAAGUGUAUUUACAUCUGAGUGCACGAGCUUUUGCCCUUUCCUUUCAUGUAUUUUGACCACUAAUGUACUGCCCCUCUCAAUGCUGUGUUUCCGUGAACAAUGAGAAAAUUACCUACACCACCUACAGAGCUGGAGUCCAACCUUUCUUUAUAUCAUUUUAGAUUAAACUUUGGAGGGAAAGUAAAAAGUACCAAUACUUUCUGGAA